AUGAACGGCUCUCAUACUAACGGCAGCUCGGUCAGCCAUGACCAAAUGUCUCGACCGAUGUCCGCCGCGUCAAGGCUCCGGGCCAUGCUUUCACGCCCCGACCAGAUCACAGCAUGUCCAGGUGUCUACGACGGGUUGACCGCGCGUAUCGCCAUUGCCCAGGGUUUUCCUUGCAUCUACAUGACAGGCGCUGGCACAGCUGCGUCAAAGUUGGGGAUGCCCGAUCUAGGCCUUGUGACGAUGAACGACAUGCUCGCCAAUGCCGCCAUGAUUGCCUCACUCGAUCGCACAAUUCCACUCAUUGCGGACGCCGACACCGGGUACGGCGGUCCACCAAUGGUUUCACGAACUGUAAAGGGCUACAUCAGUGCAGGGAUUGCUGGUAUGCAUAUCGAGGACCAAGUACUCAUGAAGCGCUGUGGACAUCUGGGCGGCAAGGAGAUCGUUGGUCGGGAAGAGUACUACUCCAGGAUCCGAGCGGCCGUAAUGGCUCGAGAGGAGGAGCGUUCGACUACCGGAGGCGACAUUGUGAUCAUCGCUAGAACCGAUGCACUUCAGUCGUUUGGCUUCGAUGAAGCUGUCGAACGCCUCAAGGCCUGCAUUGAAAUUGGUGCAGACGUUGCUUUUCUCGAAGGUGUAACCUCGAAAGAGGACGCGAAGAAGUUCACCAGCUUGUUUGAAGGAACACCAUGCUUGCUGAAUAACGUUCCAGGCGGCGCGACCCCAGAUAUGACUGUCGAGGAAGCAAGAAAACUCGGGUAUAGACUCAUCAUCUAUCCUGGCUUGGCACUGAAUGCGGUGAUGCUGAGCGUCACUGCAGCGUACAAGGAGCUGCACGAGAAAGGAAGCGUGCACGUCUCCGACGAUCAGCUGAAGGCUGGUGUGAAGAGAAUGUUCAAUGUGGUCGGGUUGCAGGAGUGUAUAGCCUUCGAUGCAAAGGCUGGCGGUACUUCGUACAGCAAAGGAGUGUGA